GCAUGGGAACCAAAAUUGAAUAUUCCAUAAAUCUUCUAGCAACCUUAGUAGAAAGCAACAAGUUAGCUGUGGUUGGAGUGAAUGUGUGGAAGCAUUAUUAUCAGAACAAAUUAAAGGUGGCUGACCAAUAACCAUCACACAGGACAGGAAUCAAUAAAUUGCAAGGUCCCAUCAUGGAUAGGAUGCUUGACAGAAACAAUAUAGAAUCCAUCAAAAGGACUAUGCAGAUGCAUGAGGACAUCUUCAAACACCAGGUAAGAGAACUACACAGAGUAUACAAUGUGCAAAAGAUGCUGAUGGAUGAUCUUAAAAACAAAACUAGACAACAAAAGUUUUGGAAUCCAAUGAAUGAAAUAGAUAUAAGCCAUGCUCAUUCCAUUGAACAGCAACAUCAUCAUACAACACAAAGUUUGAGAGAGAAUUUAGGGUCAAUAGAAAGGAUUGGUUGCUACUUUGGAGACAGCAUCAAAAUACAAAAAGGUUUUGAUCUUGAAAAGCCUGCUAUAGAAAACACUUUUAUUGGAUCAUUUGGAAUUGAUGAAGGUGAGGUAGGGACUAGUUCUUACAAUGCAUUUCAAAGUAAUGAAGAAAUGGAAGUGGAUUUGACACUAAGCAUAGGAGGUAGUAGCAAGGUUAAGAGUUCUAAUAUGGAGAUUCAAUUAGCAUGCUUAGACUCAAACAGUGGGAAAAGUAGAGUAGGAGAAUGCAGUGACACAACUACCACCAUUAAUAGCAGCAACACUGUGACAUUUACUCAAGGUUUACAGCUUAAAUAGUAGUUUAAUUGUUUCUUUGUAAUUGUAACCUUUUAACUCUACAUGGACCACCGAAUUUAGAUGGUAUAUACAUUCACAUUUCUAGAUUAGUUUCUACUUUAUUCUAAUAAAAGGAAAAGUUUAUACGUGAAUAAA